CAGUCAUUAUUUUGAGUCAGUUGUUUGACAUGCUGUGCUUAAGUUCAUGGUCGUAGGUGCCGUUUGUUGGUUUUGGUUCAGUUUGGUUAAAAGAAUCAUUAGAAGGAUGUUUACUCUGUGUCCUGCCUCCAGAACCAUGACAGAAUGAUAGACUUAAACAGGACCAAGCUGAGAUGGAAGAACCCAUUGGAGGUUAGAAGCUACCCUCUGAUGAUGAGUACCUCUAUUGUCCAGAGCAGGAUCCAGGGCAGUGGUGUUGCCGGUGGGCUCCAUGCAGGCAAUCCAAUGGGCAGGCCCUGCAAGGAGCCCAGAAUUAUCUUUUUGGGGGGCUAUGGGGCCUGUCAGAGGGGUGGGAAGGUGAGCCCCUGCCGCUACACUUGUGGGGGUUUGAGAAAGAGCCCCUGCAGCCAUGGGGGCAGGAGUACACAGGUGUCUGAGGAGGACAAUGAGGUGCUCCUGUCCCCCAACAUGUGGGGUCUCUUUGAGCCCCUGCCGAACAGGAACCAGGGGAAGGAGGAAGGAGGCGCAAUUCGGCCUCCAACCCCAGAGGGUCAGCGGCUACCAGAGGGCUUCUUUGCUUGGCCUCUGGAGGAGCAGGCCAAGUGGUGGAGGGCUCUGGCAGCCAAGGGGGAAACGUCCAGCCUGGCCUGCCAUCCCUGCCUGCCGGUCCCCUGCCCUGAGCCUCCCUUGGAGGGGAGAGCAGGAGUGAAGAGCCUCUUCCAGAGGGUUUGGAAGGGCUUCAAUCGAUUCACUAUCUGUGGUUGCCUGUGCUCUAACUAAACACACAAUAUUUUUUAAAUUAAAAUAAACUACCUUGCAAAUUAUACAUUUACAACUUUUUGAACAACAAAGUGUAAUAAAAGCUAAUGGACUGGCUGUGACUCUCAAAAGGGAUUCACAUGCCAACUCUUAAGGUCUGAUCAUUGUAUGGGACUUAAUACAGCAGUCUAGCAUCAAUUAUUGAUGUGGGUUUCAAGGUGUGAUGAGUUUGCUCAUUAUUGCCAAAGCCGGAUUCUUUUUUUUUCAUAUUGCUCUCGAUCUGGAAUAUCAUGAUUUCAAAUUGUUUGCAUUUACAGACAUCUAUUUUCCCCAGCUUAAGCUAUGUGAGCGUAAGCUACAUGAAUCAAUAACAUAAUAGUUGUAACUGAACAUUCUAAAUAAAAACACGUAUCAAUAUGG